AUGUCAAUCAUCAAAGAUCAAGCGUCCAGCGCGCUGGACCAGUACAUCAAAGAAGUCAGGAAUCGGAACUAUGCCGAAGACCAACGCAAGCGCGUUGCGCGUCAGGUCCGGGACUUGGUCAACAUCGCCAAACAAGAGAUGAAUGCUGAGCAGUUCCAACGGUUCUUUGACACGGUCAAUCAACGGACCAUGGCUUUGAUCCAAAGCACCGACACAUACGACAAGAUGGGCGGAGUGUACAUCCUUGAUGCGCUCGUCGAUUUUGACGGCAUCGAGCCGGCGCUCAAAUACAGUCGCUUUCAACAAUAUAUCGGGACUAUUCUGCGCGGAAAGGACACGAGCCCAAUGCAAGCUGCAGCCGUGGUUCUUGGCAGGCUGUGCAAGCCAGGCGGAUCCUUGAUAUCCGAGCUUGUUGACGCCGAGAUGCACACCGCCCUCGAGUGGCUGCAAACAGACCGUGUCGAGGAGAGGCGGUUCAGUGCCGUCCUGGUCCUGCGCGAGUUGGCUAGGAACGCUCCGACGCUCAUGUACCCGUACGUGGGCUUCGUCUUCGACCAGGUCUGGAUCGGGCUUCGGGAUCCUAGGUACCUCAUCCGGGCGACAUCCAGCGAGACGGUCAGUGCCUGCUUCAAGAUCAUCCGGGAGCGCGACCAGGAGAUGAAGCAAGAAUGGAUGGACAAGAUGUUUGCCGAAGCGGUCAAGGGCCUCAAGACAAACACUGUCGAAUACAUACACGCCUCACUCCUAGUCCUCAAGGAGCUUCUCGAGCAGGGAGGCAUGUAUAUGCAAAGCCACUAUCAAGAGGCCUGCGAGAUUGUCUUCCGCUACAAGGAUGCUCGUGACUCUGAUAUUCGGAAAACCGUCGUCUUCCUUAUUCCCGACCUGGCCAACUAUGCGCCAACCGAGUUCUCGGCGACCUACCUGCACAAGUUCAUGGUCUACCUUUCUGGCAUGCUCAAGAAGGAGAAGGAACGGAACGAUGCGUUCCUUGCCAUCGGCAACAUCGCCAACGCCGUCAAGAGCUCCAUCGCCCCCUACCUCGACGGCGUUCUCAUCUAUGUCCGCGAGGGGCUCAGUGUGCAGUCCCGCAAGCGCGGCUCCGUCGAUCCAGUGUUUGACUGCAUCAGCCGGCUUGCCGUGGCGGUGGGCCAGACGCUGAGCAAGUACAUGGAAGCGUUGCUGGAUCCCAUCUUUGCCUGCGAGCUUACACCCAAGUUAACUCAGGCUUUGGUGGACAUGGCCUUCUACAUACCGCCCGUCAAGGGAACCAUCCAAGAGCGGCUCCUCAACAUGCUCAGCAGGGUGCUAUGCGGCGAGCCCUUCCGGCCCUUGGGCGCGCCUCAUCCACACCCACCUUCGUCUCUACCGCCCAUACCUAAAGAUCCCAAGGACCCGUCGGUGCACGAGCGAGGCAAGGCUGAGAUAAAACUUGCCUUAAACACGCUUGGCAGCUUUGACUUCUCAGGCCACGUCCUGAACGAGUUUGUCCGCGACGUUGCCAUCAAAUACGUCGAGGACGACGACUCCGAAAUUCGAGAGGCCGCCGCCCUUACCUGCUGCCAGCUCUACGUUCGUGAUCCGAUCGUGAACCAGACAAGUUACCACGCUCUGCAGGUCGUUUCCGAUGUCGUUGAAAAGCUCUUGACUGUGGGCGUCUCAGAUCCCGAGCCCAAGAUCCGUCGGACUGUACUCGCUGCCCUCGACGAGCGAUUCGACCAGCAUCUCGCCAAGGCUGAGAACAUUAGGACCUUGUUCUUCGCCCUCCACGAUGAGCAGUUCGCCGUGAGGGAAGUGGCCGUGUCGAUUAUCGGUCGGCUUGCCCGCCAUAACCCGGCAUAUGUCAUUCCACAUCUUCGCAAGACCAUCAUCCAGAUGUUGACCGAGCUGGAGUACACAGACGUGGCGAGGAGCAAGGAGGAGAGCGCAAAGCUGCUUAGCCUGCUAACGCAGCAUGCCCAGGACCUAGUCAAGCCAUACGUCAGCUCCAUCACCGAAGUCAUCCUGCCAAAGGCUUCCGAUCCCACCCCUUCUGUUGCUGCUACCAUUCUGCAGGCCAUCGGAGAACUCUGCACGGUUGGCGGCGCAGAGAUGCUUGCAUACAAGGACACCCUCAUGCCCAUCAUCAUUGACGCCUUGCAGGACCAGAGCGCCCCUAUCAAACGGGAAGCAGCCCUUCAUACGCUCGGCCAGCUGGCCAGCAAUGUCGGCUAUGUCAUCAAGCCGUACCUUGAAUAUCCGCAGUUGCUCGAGAUCCUUCAGUCCAUCAUCCGGGGCGAACCCCAGCAUGGCCCGCUACGGCAAGAAACCAUCAAGGUCAUGGGCAUUUUGGGAGCGCUGGAUCCUUACAAGCACCAGCAGGUCGAAGAGCGAACGCCGCAAACUCAAAGCCGCCCCGAGGCGGCCCAGCUGACCGAUGUAUCCCUCAUGAUGGGUGGGCUUACCCCCUCGCAGGAAGAUUAUUACCCCACAGUCGUCAUCAACGCCUUGCUUCAAAUCUUGAAGGACCAAUCCUUGCUACAGUGGCACGGUAAUGUGGUAGACUCCAUCAUGAGCAUCUUCAUCACACUGGGCCUCAAGUGCGUCCAAUUUCUCGAUCGAGUCGUCCCGGCGUUCAUUGCCGUCAUCCGGGCUUCGAGCCCAACUCGGUUAGAAUAUUACUUCAACCAUCUCAGCAGGCUCGUCGGUAUAGUCCGCCAGCACAUCCGCGUCUACUUGCCAGAAAUCAUCGAGUUGGUGCAAGAGUUCUGGAACACGACGUCCUCUCUCCAGACGACCAUCAUGGCGCUCAUUGAAUCAAUCGCCCGCUCGCUGGAAGGCGAAUUCAAGAUCUAUCUUGCAAGCCUGCUUCCGCUGAUGUUGGGGGUGUUGGAAAGGGACACCAGCACCAAGCGCCAGCCAACCGAGAAGAUGUUUCAUGCAUUCCUGGUCUUCGGCUCCAGCGCAGAGGAAUACAUGCAUCUCAUCAUCCCCAUUCUGGUCCGCCUGUUCGACAACCCAGCGCAGCCCAUGUUCUUGCGGAAGUCGUCCAUCGAAACGAUUGGAAAGCUUUCCAGCAUGGUGAAUCUCAACGACUAUGCUUCCAAGAUCAUCCAUCCCUUGACUAGGGUCCUAGCCAGCCAGGAACCCAGUCUUAGGGUGGCGGCGCUCGACACCCUCUGUGCGCUUAUGCUGCAACUUGGGCGCGACUACCUGCACUUCGAGCACACUGUCGAAAAGGCCAUUACUAUGUAUGGUAUCCAGCACUCGAACUACGACAAGGCGGUAGAGAAGCUCAAGAAGGGCGAGGCCCUUCCUCCGAAUCUUGCACCUCGAUUCGAGGAUACUUCUGUGGAGCCUUACACUUCCGAGAACAAUCCGCCAAGGAAGCUCGACCUGAAUCCCGUGCAUUUGAAGCAGGCAUGGGACACCAAGGGCAAAGCUACAAAGGAUGACUGGCACGAAUGGUUUCGCAAAUUUAGCACAACGUUGCUCUCGGAGUCGCCGAACCAUUCACUUCGAGCAUGCGCCAGCCUGGCGAGUAACUAUCAGCCUCUAGCGAGAGAGCUCUUCAACUCGGCUUUCGUUUCCUGCUGGAGCGAGCUAUACGAUUCUUACCAAGAGGAACUGAUCACAAACAUCGAGAACACGAUCAAGUCGGAGAAUGUUCCUCCCGACCUCUUGGGCCAGCUUCUCAACCUUGCCGAGUUUAUGGAGCACGAUGACAAGGCGCUUCCCAUCGACAUCCGCAUACUUGGACGUGAAGCUGCGCGAUGUCACGCCUACGCCAAGGCGCUCCACUACAAAGAGCUUGAGUUCCUGCAAGACCACAAUAGCCACGCAGUGGAGGCCUUAAUUGUCAUCAACAACCAGCUGCAGCAGUCGGAUGCCGCCAUCGGAAUCCUGCGUAAAGUCAAGGCUUACAAGGACGGGAUCCAACUGCGGGAGAGCUGGUUUGAGAAACUGGAACGGUGGGAUGAGGCACUCAACUUCUAUUGCCAGAGGGAACGAGAGCUCCCUGAGGACCAACCCACGCCCGUCGACAUUGUCAUGGGCAAAAUGCGCUGUUAUCAUGCCCUGGGCGAGUGGGACUCACUCGCUUCCCUGGCCGGCAAGACGUGGGCCAACUCUGGUCCGGAAAUCCAGCGAAGGAUCGCGCCUUUGGCAACCACGGCAGCCUGGGGCCUCGGAAAGUGGGAUUCGAUGGACAUUUACCUGCAAUCGAUGAAACGCUUCUCGCCCGAUCGUGCUUUCUUUGGCGCAAUCCUUGCACUGCAUCGGAAUCAAUUCCGAGAAGCGUUGGCCUGCAUCGAACAAGCCCGUGAGGGCCUCGACACGGAGCUAAGCGCCUUGGUUAGCGAGUCGUACAACCGGGCCUACCAGGUUGUAGUGAGGGUCCAGAUGCUUGCCGAGUUGGAGGAGCUCAUCGUCUACAAGCAAUCUGGACCCGAAAAGCGUGCCACCUUGCGAGCGACCUGGGAGACUCGUCUCAAAGGCUGCCAGCGCAAUGUCGAGGUUUGGCAGCGGACGCUCCGGCUGAGAUCUCUGGUGCUGACGCCACAAGAAAACAUGCACAUGUGGACAAAGUUCGCCAAUCUCUGCCGCAAAUCCGGGCGGAUGGGUCUCGCCGAGAAGUCACUCAAGCAGCUCAUCGACGCCGACGCCCCGCUGGAAUCGGUUAUUCCCUACUGGUUCGAGCAGCCCAGCAGUCCCGCCCUCGAACGCAUUGCGUCUCCAAUCGUGUACGCAGUGCUCAAAUUCCAGUGGGAAGUUGGCCAGGAACCAGGUGCUCGAAGCUCGGACCGCAGCAUCGCCGAGCGGGCACUCUACUGUCUUCGCAGGUUCAGCGAGGAAACGGCCCACCGCGUGGAGAGCGCAAGGUUGCAGUUGAACGCUUCUGCGCAAGCCGCAAGCGCCAUGGGUGACGGCAUGAACCACACGAGGUACGGCGACUUCGACGAGGCGGCCGUCCUUGGUCCAGAUGCGCAACGGCAAUGGCUUGAACAAACGGUGCUCCUCGCAAAGUGUUACCUUCGGCAGGGCGAUUGGAUGAUCACACUGAAUAAGAAUGACUGGCAGCACACACGGCGCCAAGACAUCCUCGACUGCUACUCAAAGGCUACUCAUUAUCACCCUCGGUGGUACAAGGCCUGGCAUGCCUGGGCACUGGCCAACUUCGAGGUUGUCCAGGCGCUGGCGUCUAAGAAAGAGCUGGAAGCGCGGUCGGAGCACAGCAUCAUCCUUCACCACGUUGUCCCCGCCGUGCACGGCUUCUUCGAGUCCAUCGCCCUCUCAUCUGGCAGCUCUUUGCAGGACACCCUUCGCCUGCUAACCUUGUGGCUCACCUAUGGUGGCUACCAAGAGGUCAUCACGGCCGUCACGGACGGUUUCGCACAUGUCAGCGUCGACACCUGGCUCGAAGUCAUACCCCAACUCAUUGCACGCAUCAACCAGCCCAACAGACGGGUGCAGGCAUCAAUUCAUGCUCUGCUAUCCGACGUCGGGCGCGCACACCCGCAGGCGCUUGUGUACCCCCUUACUGUGGCGAUGAAGUCACGACAGAGCACCCGGCGGUCCAAGACAGCCAGCUUGAUCAUGGAGAGCAUGCGCCAGCACAGUCCCAAGCUAGUGGAACAGGCCGACAUUGUGAGCCGCGAGCUUAUUAGGGUUGCGGUUCUUUGGCACGAGCUCUGGCAUGAGGGGCUUGAGGAGGCGUCCCGACUGUACUUCGGCGACCACAACAUCCAGGGCAUGUUCGACGUGCUGGAACCUCUUCACGAUUUGCUCGAGAAAGGGCCAGUAACCCUCAGGGAGAUAUCGUUUACCCAGACCUUUGGCAGAGACUUGGGCGAGGCUCGUGAAUGGUGCCGGCAAUACCGCAUCUCGCAGGAUGUGAACGACAUUAGCCAAGCAUGGGAUCUCUACUACCAGGUUUUCAGACGCAUUAGUAGGCAGCUGCCUCAGAUGACAUCCCUAGAGCUUACAUACUGCUCGCCAGAUCUGCUACAGGCACGAGACCUCGAGCUUGCCGUCCCUGGAACGUACCGUAGCGGCCAGGAGAUCGUCAGGAUCAUGGCCUUCGACGGCACCUUCAGCGUCAUCAGCUCCAAGCAGCGUCCGAGAAAGCUUGACAUUGUCGGGAGCGACGGCAAGACUUACACGUUCCUGCUCAAGGGCCACGAAGAUAUUCGGCAGGAUGAGCGCGUCAUGCAACUCUUUGGUCUGUGCAACACUCUCCUGGCCAACGAUUCCGAAUGCUACAAGCGACACCUCAACAUCCAGCGCUACCCGGCGAUCCCCUUGUCCCAGAACUCGGGGUUGCUUGGAUGGGUGCCCAACAGUGACACAAUCCACCAGCUCAUACGGGAGUACCGAGAAUCUCGGAAGAUCCUCCUUAACAUCGAGCACCGGAUCAUGCUACAAAUGGCACCAGAUUACGAUAAUCUGACCCUCAUGCAGAAGGUCGAGGUGUUCGGAUAUGCGCUGGACAACACGACAGGUCAGGACUUGUAUCGCGUUCUUUGGCUCAAGAGCAAGAGCUCAGAGGCCUGGUUGGACAGGAGGACCAACUACACGCGCUCCCUCGGCGUCAUGUCCAUGGUGGGAUACAUUCUUGGUCUGGGAGACAGACAUCCUAGCAAUCUGAUGCUCGACCGGAUCACUGGAAAGAUCAUCCACAUCGACUUCGGCGACUGCUUUGAGGUGGCGAUGAAGCGGGAGAAGUACCCGGAGCGGGUGCCCUUCAGGCUCACCCGCAUGCUCACCUACGCCAUGGAGGUCAGCAAUAUCGAGGGCAGUUUCCGCACGACUUGCGAGCAUGUCAUGAGAGUCCUGAGGGACAAUAAGGAGAGCGUGAUGGCGGUUUUGGAAGCUUUCAUCCACGAUCCGCUACUCACAUGGCGCCUCACCAAUCCUGCCAGCCCGCCGGGGCCCCACUUCAACUCGGAACGGGAGCAAGCCAUUGCAGGCCCACAAGCAGGACGCGCUCGCCGCCCAUCGAUACUCGACGCCCCCGUAGCGCCUACCGAGUUCCUGGCGGCGCAGGCUGCAGGGAUGGAUGGCGGCAUAACGGGCGCGCCACCAGGCACCCGAGGGCGUGCCCGGACCAAUUCCUCGGCGGCCCACCCGCCGGGCAGCAUGGCCAACGGCAACGGCAACGGCAACGGGGCGAACAACGAGAUGGCCGAGGUGCAAAACGCCCGAGCCGUCGAGGUAUUGGACCGCGUCGCGCAGAAACUCACCGGCCGGGACUUCAAACCCAACGAGGAGCUCACCGUGAACGAGCAGGUCAACAAGCUGAUCAUUGAGGCCACGAAGCUGGAGAAUCUGUGUCAGCAUUACAUUGGAUGGUGCAGCUUCUGGUGA